CGGCCGGCGGGGCGCUCGGGGGUUGCGGCUGCUCGGCGCCGCUGGAUGGGCAGAAGCGCUUCGGCCGCUCGGGGGUCACUGACUGUGGCAUCGUGACAGCCGCCGGCGGAGAUGGCGAAGGCCGAGAUCCCCGCGGCAGCCCCGCGGCUCUUCACGUGGGACGAGAUCCAGCUGCGAUCGGGCAGGGCGCCGGAGCGGUGGCUGGUGAUCGACAGGAAAGUCUACGACAUCAGCCAGUUCCACAAGCGGCACCCGGGGGGCUCCCGCGUGAUCAGCCACUAUGCGGGGCAGGACGCCACGGUGAGGGGGCCGAAGGAGAGCGGGGGCGCCAGAGAGGGGAUGCCCCACGCAGCGAAGCCGGGGAGCUCCUUUCCGGGCUAGCGGUGGGGGCGGAGAUCAUGUUUCAGGGGCCGGGCUGGAGGGCGAGAGAUGCCUGGAGGAAUAAGGUUACUGGAUAGGGCGGCAUGUGUGUGGUGUUUUGCGCGGGCUUUACUGGAGAAGUGAUCGUUGUUGCGACCCGAUCCUACACGUGUUUACUGGGAAGCAAUCACCGGGACUUAGAAUCGUAGAGUUGGAAGGGACCAUGUGAAUCAUUAGCCCAAGCCCCUGCAAUGCAGGAAUCUUUUGCCCAACGUGGGGUUCGAACCCGAAACCCUGAGAUUAAGAGUUUCAUUCUCUACCGACUGAGCUAUUAAGUGCAAAGCCAUGCUUCGGAUUCCAACAUCUGGAGCCCACUCAGCCACACCGAGGGCCCUGAAGCUGCCUAAAGAUCCUGCAGAGGUUUCUUCAUGGGGAGGCUGUGCUUUAUACUCAAAAGAACAGGAGUUGUCAUAGGCAAUGAUGAAUAUUUAAGCAUAAGAAAUAACUAACUGACCAAUCACGUUGGUUCUGCCCCCCCAACAAAUAUCCUAGCUAUGCCCAUGCAUAUAUGGUGCGGGAUGGAACAUGCAUUACAUUUUCUGACUGGAGGUAGAGAAAGAAAAAUAACUCUGCACAUGCUCAGAAACACUGUAUUUUCACAUGUCUCACAGUGAUCACUUUUCUAGUUGUAAGAAUAUGCCGUACAUUCACUAUGCUGCAGGGACAGAUCACCUGUGGACCUCCCAGCUUUCUUCAGCUUUAUGCAGCAUAGGCCAUGUGGUCUGGGGUGGAGUUGGGAGUCCAGCAAUGUUUAGAGGACCACAGGCUCCCCAUCCUUUUUGUAGGACUUGGACAAAAAUGAGAAGGCUAUGAAUGAAUAUAUGCCUAUUUGUGUGAGUGAGCAGGAACUCUGGAAGAGAGGAAAGCAUGGUGACUGGCCUGUGUGCUAGUUUGUUUGUCUGUAUGCACUGUGUCUAUCUAUUUGUUGGUCUAUAUGCCUCACUCUUCUUCCCAAAGCAUGUUCAAAUAUCCCCCAUAGAAAACUAACAUGGUCAGGGAGAGAGCUAGGCAGACCGUUUCUCCCCGAUACGUUAAUUUCCCAUGUGUACCGUCUUGUACAAGUACCAACUUGAGAAUGAGGAUAACUUUUCAAAAUGAUGACUGCAACCUAUUAGGGCUGACCCUACCAUUAGGCAGAGCAAGUCAAUUCCUUAGGUCUCAGAGGCUUGGUGGGGCAGCAGUGGCUUCACGCAUCCAGCCAUUUCUCUUGAACAUUUUCCUCUGUUAGAGACCAGAGCUAUGUGUGCCCCAGGCCAGUCAUCCACCCCCAUAACCAUCCUGCUACCCUUGGUUGCACUGGAGGAUGCUAUCCUUUUGCAAGCCUUGAAGUAAGAUUCAGUUGCCAGUCUUGUCAGUAUCUGGGUGUGUACGUAUGUGGCAAAUUAUCCUUUGCUUCAGGCAGCAAAAUGUGUUCAGGCUGGCCCUGCUUAUUAGGCAUCUAUGCAGUGUUCUAUUUGUGUUCACAUUAGAAGUGGCUCUCCUGAUGGGGUGGAGCUAUAGCACUAGCCUUCUGGCAGUGGAGAGGGGGGGAGGUGGCGGGGAGAAUGGUGUGCUGCAGGCACACUGGUGGAGUCAGUCUGGUGCUCCUGCCGGUGGGUCUGCACUACACUGACCUCCACCCUUCUUCCUGGCAAGUGGCCGUGACAUCUGGUAUUGUGAAUCUGCCCCACUGCUUGCAUGUACUAAAUUUAAGUUUAGCAUGACAUAUAUGCAACCAGGAAUCAGCCACAGCAAGCCUAAUGUGCCCCGCUUUUGUCCCCCCCCCUUGCAUAACCAUGCCAUCCAGACUUGGAAUUAUGAUUAAUAAAAACUUUGAUAAUUAUGGCGUGACGUUGAUUUGCCUGAAACCAACCCUUAUUAAAGUUAACCAUAGUUUGGACCAGCAACAAAGCAUGGUUAACCAUAAAACGGGAGCUUCCAAACCUUUCCAUGGAAAGAGAAGUGGGGAGCAUUCGCUUAUCUGCAGGCCGUUUCACACUUCAUACUAAACUGUGAUAGAUACAAUAAAUACCUGUUAAGAGUCCAAGUGCUUGUUUAUCUACACAAACUUGUUUGUAAUUCCAUGGGAACACUGUACUGGGGGAAGUGGAGAAGCAGUAGGUUUGAUAAAGGUUAAGUAGUCUCUGUGCCCUUCUGCCCUAGCCCAUCAGCUCUCCACCCCAAAUCUCCUCCUCCAGUAAUGGCUUCUCUCUAAAAGGAAGAUGAGUCUAUCAGGAUUUUGUUGCAUGCAUUGUGUGUUAAUGUUAGUUAAGCUGUAAGUGUCAAGUCAAGUAAUGCCAUUUUCUUCUUGCACAUCCUCAUAACCACCUUGUGGGGCUGGCUGCUAUUCUUUGUAUUUUGUCUUGGAGAGCUGAAGUGGAAAACCACGUAGAAGUAUUUGGUCUGGAUUUAAAACCCAACCACAGCAUAGACUUAUUGCAGUCAUGGCUAAGCUCUGAUUUGAACCUAAGUCAUUACUUCACUUCACUGAUGGGAUCCCAGAACAGCAGAAGCUUGGAUUAACAGACCUCCAGUUUACGUAGCAUUUACGCGGCUGUACUUUUUAUGGAACUCAGAUAGUCUUGUGCUUACAGUGAGGUUUCUGUCUGAACCACUUCUCACAAACUCACAUUUCAACCAGUCGUGCAGCCACUCUAGCCUUUUUAGAAAGGAUAGUGGUGGCAUACUAAACGGCAAUUUGUGUUUGUGAUGAAUGGCUCAGUUGUCUGACUCAUCAUGUACAUAGCACAAUCCAGACACAAAAAAAUGCAUCUGGCAAUGUACAUCGUGGCAGUGUGAAUUGACUCUGAAUAAGCCAUGUAUUUUAGUCUGGAUUUAGCAGCCUUGAGAACAUGCUGAAAGCUUAACACUUGUGCAAUUGGAAACAAAGAUGAAAUACUGUUCAUCUGGCAAAAAAAGCUGUUAUAGGUCAUAUAUAUAUAUAUAUAUAUAUAUAUAUAUAUAUAUAUAUAUACACACACACACACACAUGGAAAAUCUAAAAAAUGUAAGAAAAUGAGAGGUUCCCCUUCCAUUUCCUGCUGCCCAGCUAACUAUUCCAGUUCCGAGAAGGUGAUUUACAAGGUCCCUCUCUAUCGCCUCCCUCCUCUCCCUUUUACAUUACUGCCGGGUUUUUACAACAGCCAUUGUGAGGAUUGGCUGAAUCUUAUGGUACCACCGUCUACAGAUCAGCCUAUGAACCACCCCCUUUCCCCCUUCCAAUGAGAAAACUAACAGGAAAAUACCGUUCCCCACUCCCAGGAUUCAGAUAAACUUAGGAACAGCGGAUACAAUCUCUCUCUCUCUCUCUCAAGUACAUCCAGCACUGGAAGUAGUUAUAUCAGCAGCAUUUUAAAACACUUUCCUGGCCAGCCUUAAAGGGCCAGUACCAUCGAAAAGCACACAAAUUUAAGGAUAGCAUGUGUUUAUCAGCAUCGUGGAAAAGAAGGAAAGAAUAAAAGCCAAUACAGAGAUUUUUUUAGAAAGGGGACAUUUUUGGUCUGAGGGUGUCAACAGCAGAGGCAUUAUAUUAGACAAGAAGAAACCAGCUUCUUUCCUGAGGUCCUCACACUGCUUGAACAGAGGAGUGACUGACACUAUGUCAGUGUGAUAUAAAUAUGAUGAUGAUGUUGUUGUUGUUGUUACUAUUUAUUCAAUUUAUAUCCUGCCCUUCCUGCCAAAGGAGCCCAGGGCAGCAGAAAUGACAAUAAUAAUAAAACAGCUUAAAACAUGUUUAAAACAUGCUAUUUUAAAAAAAGUGGAUUAUGCAUCAAACCCAGGUCUGAGCAUAGACUGGAAUGGGUCCAGACAAUCUCUUUUCUCCAAUAGUGCUUUCAGCUGAACUAAAAAGACCCUCUUGAGCAUUUGAGGCAGAUUUAGGGCAGUGUGACCUGUUCUUCCCCACUGGGCACUGAGCCUAGUGAGCGCCACAGGGUGUCACAACUAUGACAUAGUGAAUUGAGCAGAAUGGAAGGCGAGAGGCAGGUGGGGCGCUUAAUUUUGGCCUUGUACAUGGCACUGCUGAGAUUUGAAUGACCAAAGUCCACCCCUGUGAGCACUUUUACCUCAAAUGGGGGAUGUUAGAAGUCUGGAGUACCCCCUGUCUAGAAACCUGUUUCUUUGGGGGGAAGCGCACGCCUUCCCUGGACAUUGUGGGUAGGGGGUAGUGUGUCAGACCAGGGUUCAAAUUCUUACUCAGCCUGAAACUCAGUGGAUUGUUGUGAGGGGAGUGGAAAACUGUAUACGCCACCUAGGGCUCCUUGGUCAGGUUGUGCACCUAAUUAUCACACUGACUUGAGGGCACAGGCUUGUUUAGGGGACACAGGGCAGGCCAUGUGGUACACACAGCUUUGCCUACUCCCUACUCCUCAGCAUUUGCUGCCUGAGGUAGCUGCCUCACUCUGCCUUAUGGUAGGGCUGGCGCCUUGUUAUACAGACAAGCUAAAUAGCACAUGGAGAGGAAUGUGAGGUUGCAGAAGUUUUGCUCUGCCUUCUUAUAUGUAUCUGAAUCAAUAUUAGAUUGGGGUUGGGCGGCCUUUCAGUAACAGCUAGGAAAAUUCACAUGUUCUUAUAAAACAUAAGGGUUAUUUGCUGGUAUUUCUACACAACCCGAUCCCCAGCUUUGUCCUGUUUAUAACACUCAGGGACUGAAUGAAUGGUUGGCAGACAUCUAUCAAUCAUUUAUUGUAUUUGAUUAAAAGCCAUCACAAAUUCAGUUACAGGUCCAGCAAAUGAAAUAAAACCUAUUAAAAGAGAUCCAGAAAUAUACAUAUAUUUACAUUAAAUCAAAUUAAUGAAUCCCUGCGCAAUCUACAGAAUUGUCUUUUAUGUAGCCAGCACAAAUACUUUUUAGCAGCUUUUGCAAAUAAGGCUGUUUUAUAUGUGACAAGCGGGUCGCAGUCAGAUAAUAGCCAACAUAUUUUCACUUCGGGGUUCUGUCCCUGUAGUGGUGCCAACAUCUGUUCCAAAAAUAUAUCUCUGGGGUUUAGAUAGAGCUGACAAUGGAGUAUAUAAUGGGGACUAUCUUCUAUUUCACCUACCCCGCAAAUACAAAAUCUUAAAUACCUUGGGAAUGACGUGGGCUUUGUUUGAAAGCAGAGAGCUGUAAAUGCAGUUCUCAGGGAGGCAAAGGUAAGUGUCUGGUUUAUAAAUGCAAACACAUUUCCAGAGCGGCACCUAGUGGCCAGAAGGAAUAACUGUUACCCAGGACUUUUAGUUGUCUUCUUGAAGCCCUUCAGAAAGUCUUGGGAACAAAUGCCUCAAAUAAAAAUAAAAGCACAGGAACAAGGAAACCAGUGUCCUGGCUAGAAAUCAGUCGAAGGACCAUCAGUAUCUGUGCCAAUGCUACAUGUGCCAAAAUGUGAAGCUGCAGCCUUUAGAGAAACUCGAGUCAGAAGGUGAAAGAGGCUUUUUGGAAGAGGAGACAAAAGAACAUUAUUUGGAUAAGAGAUAAUAGUCAGGAUAUGACCGGCAGGUCUUUGUUUAGAGCAGGGAUGGGGAACUCGUGGCCUUCCAGAUGUUGGACUACAACUCCUGUCAUGACUGGGCUGAUAGUUAGAGUUCAGCAACAACUGGAAGGCCUCUAGAGGAAAUCAUGAGAGGCUCCUACACUGAAAAACUUUACCAAUUCAAGGAAAAAGUUAAUGGAAAAAUGUGGCCAUUUUGGAUUGGAAAGUAUAUUUUAGGAAGUUCAGAAUGGGACCAGCAAGCUUCACUAGCUAGAUUUCCCCACAUUGACCUAGGGAUGCCAAUAUCAUCAUGCCUAUUUCUUGACAUUUUUUAAAUUAACAUUUAAAUUCCGCCUUCUUGAAGCACCACUAGUUUACUCACUUCAUUCCACUGUGGUUUUUCAGGAUCCCUUCACAGCAUUCCACCUGGACAAGACUCUAGUGAGAAAGUACAUGAAGCCCUUGCUCAUUGGGGAGCUUGCAGCAGAUCAGCCCAGUUUUGAACCCAGCAAAAAUGUAAGUUUCCUUUAAAAACAACAACAACAACAAAAGAUAUAGUAAUAACUAGUACUAUUAUUGUUGUUGGUGGUGAUUUAUUUUGAGACCACCCAUCUAAUAAUUGCAGGUUGGUAUACUACAAUAUCUAGAACCUUACAUGAUAUUAAAAUACUUAAAAUCUUAAAACAUCAUAGGACAUAUUGGACUGGUGAGACUGAUGGUCAGUCACUAGAACAUAUAUUAUAUAUAGCUUUAAAGUCUCAGUUAGCCCCCUUAUAAAAAUAUGUGUCAUCAGAUGGAACUGAAAAAGGGUACCAAUGGUAUCUGCAAUGGGACAAUAUCUCAUGGUUGUAGUGCCACCACAGAGGAAACCCUUCCACAUGUUGCUGCCAAAGAGGCAAUAACCAUUGGUGGUACCACCAGUAUGUAAGCAGGCUGUGAAUUCCCUUAAGCACUGAUGUUAUAUGAUUCAGGCUAUGAUUGCUGUAUAGCAGCCAGGCUGCAGCAUUCUACACUAGCUGUAGCUUUUGAUCCACAUUGAGCGCAUUACAGUAAACCAUGGGUAACCGUGGCCAGGCUAUUCUGAUCCAGAAACAAUCAUAGCUGGUGAACCAGCUGCAUCUGUGAAUUAGCACUCCUUAGAAUCCAUGAGUGCUUUCAAUUUACACACUGACUCUGUUGAGGUGAGGGCAACCCUAUCUAGAACAGGUGAAUUUCUCCUUGUGCAAUAGACUAUUCUCCCCAUUUCUCCCCUAUGUAUGUCUCCUAAAUCUGUUCUGGGAGAUCCUCCAUCCCUCUGGAACAGAUUUAAGGAUGGUAUUGGGGGGAACGUGGAAGUCACAUAGUUGUGCAUGUGCAACUAUCUCAUUGAAUACAGCCCAUGGGUUUGAAGUCAAGCAAGAUCAGUGAAGCCAGUGGAAAGGUAUCUGGGUGGCUUAUCAAAACAAGAAAUACAGAAAAAGGAUCUAGUUGGGGGUGAGAGAGGCAAGAACUAGUUUUCAGUUGAAGAAAGAUGAGGGCACUGCCAAAACACAAGAAAGAAAAAGAAACACUAGUGGCAAAGCUACUACUAUCAAAAUGGUAAUGAAAUACAGUUUAAGAAAUUAUAAUAAGAAGUAUGAAAUCUCCAGAGAUAUGUAACAAUUUUUUAGAAUAUACCUUCUUCACGGGAAAAGAAAUAGAACUUGAUACCUUAUUUGGGCAUAAUUUUAAAAAGCACCAUGUCUCACUGCAUGAAGUAUCAUACUUCAUUGUAUUCCUUUGACUUUGAAGAACAUGUAUCUUGAAACACACAGCGCAUUUCAUAUGCUUUACUAAAGUUUUCUAUACCGCAGCACAGUUUUGAGGUUCUGCCUCGAUAUCUUUUGUUGUUCAGAAUUGGUUUUUAACAUGGUCGUUAAGUGUGAGAAUAUAAUAUGCUGAAUACUGAAUGGCCAUCAAAACAAUGGUUCAGCACUAGUAUCCUACUGUAUUACGAUUUUUAUAAAAAGUAUACAUUAGCACAUACGUAGACAGAAUCUAUACUGCAUUUACUUUUCCAAGCCUUUUUGUUUACAACUGUUAAUGUGUGUAUUUUAAAAUGAAUUGUGAGACUAUCUAGGUUCUAACAAUAGGCUCACCUGGGAUGGUUCUAGAGAUAGAAAAGCUGGACUUCAGCAUGCUCUCUGCAGGAGGUUGUAUGAGGUUCCCUUUCAGAGGAGAGAAAACUGCAAUGUGGUCUCUCUCCACAGAAACUGCAUGUAGAUGAUUUUCGUGAGCUCCGUGCUACCGUUGAGAAGAUGGGCCUUCUGGAUCCCCACCGCCUCUUUUUCUUCCUGUACCUCAUGCACAUCUUGCUGCUGGAUGUGGCAGCUUGGCUCAACCUCUGGUACUUUGGACCAUCCUUGGUGCCUUUCCUCUUCUCUGGAUUGCUGCUUGGCACUGUACAGGUAACCCACAGAUCAAAUACAACAGGGCAAUGAGCAGGACAGGUGGUGGGGCAGGAUUGACUACAGUUUUAGCUGCAUUAGGCUGCACAAGAGGAGGCAAGAUACUUCUAGAAAGUGCCUAUUUUCCUUCUGGAUUCUUGUAACCAUUGCUUCUCCAUCUUACCACCCAUGGCUGCCCAAAGGUUUCCUACCCUCAAACAAUUCUUUCUGCUCACCCACACUCUGCUUAAGCUAGGAACUCCUUAAAGCACCUUGGGGAUGCUAUCUCACUCUCUUCUUUGAAAUCACUCCAUCAAGCUUUUGGAUUAAUUCGAGAGCCAGUGUGGUGUUGUGGUUAAGAGCGGUAGUCUCGUAAUCUGGGGAACCGGGUUCGCGUCUCCGCUCCUCCACAUGCAGCUGCUGGGUGACCUUGGGCCAGUCACACUUCUUUGAAGUCUCUCAGCCCCACUCACCUCACAGAGUGUUUGUUGUGGGGGAGGAAGGGAAAGGAGAAUGUUAGCUGCUUUGAGACUCCUUAAAGGGAGUGAAAGGCGGGAUAUCAAAUCCAAACUCUUCUUCUUAAUUCCUCUGCCUUCGUCUCCAGUCACAACAAAGUCUAUGCAUAUUGUUAUUGUUUUAAAAAAAUGUUUAGUGCCCUUCAGCUGAAGAUCACAGGGUAGUUCACAACAUAAAAACAAAAAAUGAGAAGACAAAAAACAAAACAAAAACAAACCAAUUAUCUCCCCCUCCCACAAAUACAUUUAAAGGGUCAUAGAAUGUUAAUCAACCAAAUGCCUGGUUAUAGAGAGAUGUUUUAGCCUGGCACCUAAAUAUAUGUAAUGAAGGCACCAGGUGAGCCUUCCUGGGGAGUGCAUUCCACAAACUGGGAGCCAUCACAGAGAAGGCCCGUUCUUGUGUUGCCAACCUCCAGGCGUCUUGUGGAAGAGGCCUCUGAUGAUCGUCACACAGAGUCUGGGUUGGUUCAUAUGUAUAUUAACGGCACUUUCUCUCCAUAUUGUCUUAAACCUCUCCCAGCCUUUGCUUUUCCUUUCAUUGACAAACUUCAGUCAUUGUGGCAUUGUGUUUGUACUGAUGUUUUCCAGGCGCAAGCUGGCUGGCUGCAGCAUGAUUUGGGACAUCUUUCGGUCUUUGGCAAAUCUAAGUGGAACCACUGGGUUCACAAAUUUGUGAUUGGACACCUGAAGGUGAGUAAUGGAGCUGGGGUUGUUCCUUAGCAUCACUCCAGUGGUAAUAAAUGACGGAACCCCUUUGGCUGAGGCUUCGCUGUGCCCUUUAUUUGGGGCAGAGUAUAAAGAUUCUAGUUUAGACCUCUUAUUUAUUUCUCUCUUCAGGGGGCACCAGCUAGCUGGUGGAAUCACUGGCAUUUCCAGCACCAUGCUAAACCUAACUGUUUCCGCAAGGACCCUGAUCUCAAUAUGCAUCCUUUGCUUUUUGCACUGGGGAAGAAACUCUCUGUAGAGGUGAGUCUUGGAAUAUUUUGGAAAUGGCAGGGGAAUGGGAAGCAUGUGAAGGUAUAUACAUUGAAAUUAGAUUGGCGUCUCUGUGCUUUUUUUGGUACUGUGGGAAAGGCCUGGGUAAGGCAAAUUCCUUGCUUAAAUUUAAUUGAAUCGAGGCAGAAUGAGGUCCAAAUGUUAGGGAGAUAUUAGAAGGAUGCGGGUGGCGCUGUGGGUAAAACCUCAGUGCCUAGGACUUGCUGAUCGUAAGGUCGGCGGUUCGAAUCCCCGCGGCGGGGUGAGCUCCCGUCGUUCGGUCCCAGCUCCUGCCCACCUAGCAGUUCGAAAGCACCCUUAAGUGCAAGUAGAUAAAUAGGUACCGCUUUAUAGCGGGAAGGUAAACGGCGUUUCCGUGUGCGGUGCUGGUGCUGGCUCGCCAGCUGCAGCUUCGUCACGCUGGCCACAUGACCCGGAAGUGUCUUCGGACGGCGCCGGCUCCCGGCCUCUUGAGCGAGAUGAGCGCGCAACCCUAGAGUCUGUCACGACUGGCCCGUAUGGGCAGGGGUACCUUUACCUUUAUAGACAUUCCACAGCCAAAGUGACAUUCCUUUACGUAUUUUUAAAGAAGUUAUAUGCAUGCUCUAGCAUUAUAUUGUUUUGAAAGGUUCACAGUUUGCAAUCAUUACCAGAUUUAUGGCCUAUUUCUAAGUAUAUUGACUCAGAAGUAUAUAUUUGUUUCUGCAUUGGGAAACAAGUUCUGGACUUGAGGCAGAAGAGAUUCUGCUAAGCCUUGAGCAAAUAUGUUAAUGCUGGUUAAGUGUUAUUGCAAUUUGAAAGGUUGACUGACUUUUAUUUGACCCCCUUGUUACGAUUCAGAAGUUUCUACUCAAUUUCAUUUGAAUGGUGGCUUUUUGGAAUAUUUUAAAAAUAAAAGUAGAGCAGGUAAGAUUUUUCAUAAUAACCUAUGCUGGGCAAAAUUAUGAAAAUCAUCUGCCACUUAAAACCGAACUCAUGCCAAACACAGUUCUCUGUUAUUUUACAGGUAGGAAGCCCUUAGUGAAAUAAAAUGUUAAUAUAAAUACUUUUACAAAUCUAAUGGAAGCAAUAGCAAAUAGUAUCUGGCUGAUACAUUUUGAAGAGUACAUGAUACAUUGUCCAUUGCAUAACUCUACUGCAGAGCUUUCCAGACUGUGUCACGACACGUUAGUGUGUCGGCUGCAGUGUGCAGGUGUGUUGCACGACUACUCCCUGCGCUCCUCCUGGGGCUGGAAAAGGGUUAGUUUAACUUCCAGUUUGCUAGUAAAACUGAAGUACUGUGUUGCAAGAUGAUGCAUGUCUAAAAAAGUGUGUCACCAACAUGAAUAGUUUGGAAAGCUCUGCUCUACUAUUUCUAGGAUGCAAGUAUUGCAGCUCUGAUUUUGGGUACCUGUACCAUCCUUUAUUUCUCUCUCCCCGCCCGCCUCCAGAGUUUAACCACAACUUUGGGUUGUACGAUUGGGUUAGACUGGGGAAAUAAUGUGAGGAGGAAGGUUUAAGCACAUGCUGCCUCCCACCAGUUCUGUUCAAGUCAAAACUGAAAUCCUCCGCAGCUGGUUUCAGGUAAACAAAACUCCUGAGAAAUCUGAUAAUUCGUGGAUCUCUUGUUUAAAGAAUCCUUCUUUUUUGUAUGAAAUCUGCAAUACAAUAAUACAACAAUACAACCUGUGCUGUGAGGAGCCUUUUGAAUUAAAACACUAUUUAACUCCUUGGGAAGUUUUAACUAUUUAUAAAAAAAAUUGGAUCACAACCCAGCUUGUUCAUUUUGUUCCUUAUCUUCUACUUACCAUUCCUAGUAAAAACAUACAUACUUUAUUUUCCUUUCUUUUCCUGGUAGCUGGGAUAGGUUUUAUUCUUGAGACAAAUUGAACCAAUGUACUAGAACUUUUUCAUUUUUUAUAAAACUUAGGACAAGUAUUAAUGGUUGGACUAUAUUCGAAUAGGCUUUGUUCAGUAUUUGCUUAAUUGAUACUAUAACCUAAGGAGUUGGAAAUCAUCUUGAACUAGAUUAACAGGGCUUCCCUAAUUAACAGGGCUAACUUCGUUUAAAUUGCCUGCCCCCUCCCCUGCAACUUCCAUCAGCCCCAGCCAACUUGGCCAAUAAUCUGGGAUAAUGGGAGUCCAACAACAUUUGGAGGGCUACAGAUUUCCUAUCCCUGCCUUUCAUUAACUUGCCCACACUUUGAACUCACUGUUUUGCUUGGAUGUUAUUGAACCGAAGCCUUUCUUCUGGUCAGGACCAGACUGACAAAGGUUCAGAACAGAAGAGAUUUACAAGCUGGCACUCUCUGAAGACAUCACAGCUUCUUGAGCUCACCUUCUUAUAUUGAACAUACACCGACUCUCUUGAAGUGCCACUUCAGAAGUCUUCCUCUUCUUCCAGGUCUUUCCUCAUGAGUUUCUACCUACAUGAAUUCUUUUGCCAACCUUUGGACAGUCUAAGCUAAGUUGUCCCUCUGCUGUCCCCUUUGACACCUUUCAGAUUUUCCAGUGCAGCUUUGCUUCAGCUUCUUCUUGACAAAUCCCCUUGACCCCAAACUUUCUCUUUUUAGUAUUCUCUGAUAUAUAUAAAAAGUGUGGCUUUUUAUUCACUGCAACCAACUCCUCUCCCAAUCAAAACUAUAGCCUGGCAGACUGAUGGUUCAAUACACCAAUAAGUGGCAAUGGAAUGUCCACCCAUUCAUCUCUCAGUGACAAGACUUCUUAUGCUCUUUUCAAUGUCCACCUCCUGGACUCCUACAGUUUCCCCUGACACCAGCAUGUGAUAGCAGCUCCCUUUUCCUCUCCAGCAUUAAAACGUAUUUGCUGUUUGGCAGGCUGUCAGCUGUGAAUCUCACUAUGACAUUUCUAUCUCAGGAUUUUUACUGUUUCUCCAGGGGGAGUAAAUAUAAAUAGGAUUGUUGACAUAGUCUCAUAAUUUUUUAUCUUAAGUGGCUUAUUCAUCAUUUCCUUUUACUUCCCUUUGACCAAAAAAAGCCCCUAUUAAAAAAAUUCCUGUUUUGUUAGUGGUUAGAUUAUUCAUGAAAGAAUUCACCUAAGUCUCUAUUCACAGUAGCUCCAUUCAAACCCAUGUUGCUUUGAUUAUGGCACUUAGGUACAUGGUAGUAUUUCAAAAGGCUCCCUUUGUCUGAGACAUUCCUUUCAUCCAUUAAACUUGCUUGCUUGCCAAAGAAAGAAACUUCAUAGCAAAGUAUGCUGGUUGCUAGCAAUCACCUUAUGUGAUUGCAAUCACCGUAUGUGUCUUACUCCAACAACAACCAAUGUUAUUAUGCAUUCCCCUCUUCACAGAACAGCAGAAAGUUCUACAGCCUGCACUGCUGUGUUAAUUGACUUUGAUGAGGGAGCCCUGGAGAUUAAGGACUGUAUCCAGCACUGCAGUUCUGUUUGUGUAACAGACUUCUGUGUGUUCAGUGGAACUUCCCCUUCUUCUCCUGCCACCUGUAGCUACCUGUGCAGUCUCAAAACCUGCUCCAGAAGGUUGGGAGACCCUCCACAGCAGAUUUUGGGGGGGGGGAUUGCAGGGGGAGAAGAGGAAGUUCUGUUGUGUGAGCAGAAAUCCUCUUGCACAGUGCUGGAUAGAGUCCUUUGGAUAUUUUUGUAAUAUUUGCUUUAUAUGAGCAAAGUGGAGGCAAACAGGAGCUCACACAAGACAGAAGAUCCCCCAGAGGGAAACUUGUUCCCCCCUAUUCCACUUUACAAUCCCAGUUUUCCUCUGAUAAUAAUAAUAAUAAUAAUAAUAAUAAUAAUAAUAAUAAUAAUUUUUAAAUUUAUAUCCCACCCUCCCUGGCUAAGGCCAGGCUCAGAGUGGCUAACAUCAUAAAAACAACACAAUAUGCAUAAAAACAGACACCAAUUAAUUAAAUAUAUAUCUUAAAAUUAAUUCAGACAAGUUAAAAUCUGGGCAGGUCGCAAUUAUCAGGUUGGAAUUGAGAGUGGUUAAUACUUGCCAGGACCAACUUUCCACUGAUCAUACAAGGACCUGUGAGCAGGCUGGGGGCCUCCUUCAGGCUUGUUUUAUCCUGAUUCACUCCAUCUUGACCUUCUCCAUUUUCGUAGCUACUUCAGUGUACAAUGCAUUCUUCUCCUUAUUUAGUUCUUCCCUACAAGUGCCUUCUGAGGUGAAUCAUGAAUAUUCCUAGUAAUGACAAGCAGCAGCAGCAGCAGCAGUGAGGGAGUGGGAGCUUGCACAGGCUGGGUGAAGAAACUGGGGAAGAAGGAGUGAGUGGUGAGGAGGGAGCCCAAGGGCCAGGUUUGAAAAUGCAAAGGGGGAUGUUGCAAAGAGAACAGAGCCUGAUGCUCUUGUGCUUUUGGUUGGAGGUGGACAGAAAUUGCAAGCAGGGUUGAAUGCAGAAAGGCUUGGAGUGAGCAGCAGGUGGAGCUGCUGGGCAGGCACAGCAAGGGCUCAGCCAUUGAUAAGGUUGCCAGACUGUGGCAGUUAGUUAGAAAGACUUGAGGAAUCGGGCCAAUGAAGAGCAAGCAAUUAGCCAGUCUGACUCUCGGCAGAGCCUCCAGGGUUGGGAAAAGUGAUACAGUCCCAUUUUGGAAGCCUAUCAUCCACUGACUCAUGUAAUCUAUAUUGAACUUGCAAAGGAAAACAUCGCAUACUGAGCCAGACCAGAUCUAACUCACUAUUACCUACUCUGAUGGGCAACAGUUCUCCAGGAUUUCAGACAGGAGGCUUUUCCAACCCUGGCUGGGAAAUGCCAGUAAUUGACCAUUUUGCUCACUUUACUACUGAGCAAGGUCCCUUCCCUUGUAUCACUUCAAACUAUAGGUGAGAGAUUGAAUGUUUCAGUACUUUUCCAUAUAAAAAGCUCAGUGCACGCACAAAAUUAGCAUAUAGCUGUACCUUGGUUUUUGAACAGCUUAGUUCUCAAACGUUUUGGUUCCGGUUUGCGAGCUAUUUUUGGAAGCUGAAUGUUUAUCGUGGCUUCCGAUUGGCUGCAGGAGCUUCCUGCAGCCAAUCAGAAGCCGCACUUUGGUUUCCGAAUGCUUUGGAAGUCAAACGUACUUCCAGAAUGGAUUCUGUUCAACUUCCAAAGUACGACUGUAUUGGGAAGAGGGGUUCUGGUAUAUGCUGAUCAUGUGAUUUGAUUUGGAAUAAGGAUGCUUGACAAAUUAGAGAUCUGUGAAUUCUGUUGCCCCUCUGCACCUCCUGGAUUAAUAUGUGGAACAGAACUUUGUUCUCCACCAGCUUGUGCCCUUCCCAAAUGUUUGAGCAUAGCUCUCAGCUAAAAAAAUAUAUCAGCAUAAGUUAACAUGUGUUUUGAGAGAAAAUAUAUUUAGAAAUGCAUAUUCAAAUAAGUGUUUGCAUGUGUUUUUUGUGUAUUUGAGAAGACUAGAGUAAUGCAGAAAUGGAACAGACAGGGACAAAAUCAUGCAAAAAUGAAAGUGGAAAUACAGUCAUACCUCAUGUUACGUUUGCUUCAGGUUGCGCAUUUUCAGGUUGUGUCCCGCGGCGACCCAGAAGUACUGGAAAGGGCUACUUCCAGGUUUUGCCACUCGCGCAUGCGCAAAUGUGGCAAAUUGCGACCCACGUGUGCGCAGACGUGGGUUGCAUUCUUUUCAGUUGCGAACGGGCCUCUGGAACGGAUCCUGUUUGCAACCAGAGGUACCACUGUAAACUGAUUCAUCCAUCUAUAGCACUUUUUGUGACCAUUUUCUCCCUCUUACAGCUUGGUGUAAAGAAAAAGAAGUACAUGCCUUAUAAUCACCAGCAUAAAUACUUCUUUAUCCGUGAGUAUAAUUUCUUUUCUGCAAUGGCUUUUUGGAUAGCUUCAGAAAUGGUUUUAGGCAAAUUUAUGGACGGCAAGGCUGUGCGCUAUGUCCAGUUCUAGAGGCCGUAUGUCUGCCAGUUUCUGGGGAGCGCAAGUGGGGAGCAUGCUGUGUGUGAGAACAGGAUGCUGGACUAGGUGGCCCCUUGGUCUGAUCCAGCACAGCUCUUCUUAGGAUCUUACCACAUGAUUUUUUAUCAGAAGUCCACAAAAAACCUGCCAUCUCACAAGAAGUUUUAGUAGUUUGCUUUCCUGUAGGUAUCUAAGCUAGUCAUCUGCAGAAUGCAGAAACAAGGAACAAACCUUGUAGUAGAAAAGAAGGUGUUUGUGCUUGGUCACUUGUAGGUGAUUCUUACUCUCUAUAGGUGACCCAGGGGAGUGAAAAUUUACUACAACUGAGCCAAAGUAUUGCUCACAAGGGGGGGAAACUUGCAAAAUUUAGAUUUCCCCCUCGGUGCCUUUUUUUUUUUUUUUAGUUUCUUCUGUGGUUGUUUGCCGUUAUAAUGAUUCAUUUUGCUUCCAGUGUUUCCCAAUAGGGUGGGAGAUGCUUGCUGUCUUUCUGUCUUGUGCCACAAGACUAUCCCAACACGACCAAUGCUAGCUCUUAUUUAUUUAUUUAUCUAUCUAUCUAUCUAUCUAUCUAUCUAUCUAUCUAUCCAUCUAUUAUUUUAAAAGGUGUAUCUUACCUGUCAGUAUUUCUGCUUCCAGAAUGGUCAUUGGGUAAUGAAACGAAGUUUAAAACAAAGUACCAUAUUAAAAGCAAAGAGAGAGAAAAAACACAGAAUAAAGAGGUAGUAGAAGAUGGCACUGUGGGUUAAACCACAGAGCCUAGGGCUUGCUAAUCAGAAGGUUGGCGGUUUGAAUCCCCACGACGGGGUGAGCUCACGUUGCUCAGUCCCUGCUCCUGCCAACCUAGCAGUUCGAAAGCAUGUCAAAGUGCAAGUAGAUAAAUAGGUACCACUCCAGCGGGAAGGUAAACGGCGUUUCCGUGUGCUGCUCUGGUUCGCUAGAAGUGGCUUAGUCAUGCUGGCCACAUGACCCGGAAGCUGUACUCCCUUGGCCAGUAAAGCGAGAUGAGCACCAAAAACCCCAGAGUCGGCCACGACUGGACCUAAUGGUCAGGGGUACCUUUCCCUUUACCUUUUAGAAGAUAAAACAUAAUAGGAACAUCAGAAGUAAUACAAUUUCAGACUAUGAGGCAGAAGGAAAAUAUGGGGAAAUAAAAAUGCAUUCACCUGGUAACGAAAAGCAGCAAGAGUGGGUGCCUGUCAAACCUCUUGGAGGAAACUGCCGUCAGGAGGGGUUCCACAACUGAAAAGCCCCUUUCUCCUACCCUAUUCAAGAUUGCAGGGGGACCUAGAGAAUAUGAGCUGAGUAGGUUUGUGUGGAGAAGAUAGGCUACUCAUUUCUUUUGAGCCAACUAAGAAUGUUUCUCUGAAUUCUUCCCCAGUUGGACCACCAGCUCUCGUGCCUUUCUACCUGCAGUGGUACAUCUUCUACUUUGUUGUCCAGCGCAAACAAUGGGCGGUGAGUAUGCCUGAGCCCAGCUUCCCCCGAUCAGCUGCCCUGGCAUCAACGGAACAGGAUUGUUCCAUGAGAGCUAGGAGCUCGUUGCACCAGACGCUUGUCAACGGGACACUUUGUAGGACUCUACAUAUCUCGCACACCCAUACUUAGUUUCCCUGUUUCCAAAAAAAUAUAUUGUCUUUCAGUCUGAAAAAGAAGAAGGCAAAACUAUGGAUUCAGUUUGUAAACUUGCUGUAGAGAGGGGAGAUCUUUAGCACAUAGCCAUGUCGCUAAACUCACACAAGUUGCUUAGCUUACCUGCUUUCUGUUUUCCUAGCCUCUUUGUCGCUGAGGCUGCAACGCUGCACUUUCAUUCUUUAAAAAGGAAAUGAACUGGAACUGAAGACUUAAAGCUACUCUUCAGUGUUUAUGCUAACAUUUCCUCUACACUGGGCCGUUCUCAGUUUAGGUUUUUCCUCUUUCUAAAUUAGUUUGCCGCUAGGUUUUUCCAGUUAAAGUUUAACCUCGGACAGUCAAGGCUUAAUUGCUACAUUAGAGCUGAAGAACUGCAAUUUCGCAACAGAAUGACCUCUUCAAGAGUUAUGGUUCAGUUCCUGAGAUGCAGUGCCCCUUUUCAGCUCCGGGUUAUAGAUUUAUAUAAAUGGAUAUUACCUGAUCACAGAGAUGGACUCUCUUGAAAUCCAGCCCUAUUAAAACCUAUUAUAGCAGGAGUUAUCACAAGGGUGAGCAAAUCAGAGGUGUGGAUUGCACAUUCUUACAGUGUGGGCAAUGGGAUUAGGGGAUUGAAUUGUCCAAAGGCCACAGUUUGUUGGGUAGUAUAGAUAUGCCUAAAUAAACAAAUAAACAAACAAACAAACAAAUAAAUAAAUAAAAAUUAAGGGAAAAUAGUUAAGAUCCUCUGGGAGCCAAAGAGUAUGACCUGCUUUAAGCUUGGCUAAGCUUGCACUUUUCUAAACUUACACUUUAUUACUAUUGCUAUUAUCAUUUAUUAAAUUGAUUUACCACACUUCAUCUGAAGAUCACCGGGCAGUUUACAACAUAAAAACACAAAAUUCAUAAAAUAAUAGCACAAAACAAAACCCCAACAUAUUUAAGAGGCCAUAGAGUGUUUAAUUAGCAAAAGGCCUAGUUGAAAAGGAACAUUUUCGCCUGUUACCUAAAGAGAUGUAAUGAAGGCGCCAGGCAAACCUCCCCAGGGAGAACAUUCCACAAGUGGGGAGCCACUGCAGAAAAGGCCCUUUCUCAUGUUGCUACGCUCUGGACCUCUCAUGGAGGAGACACACGAAGCCUUAGAUGAUGAUCGCAGGGCCUAGGUCAGUUUGUAUGGGGAGAGCCAAUGCUUGAGGUAUUUGGGUCCUGAGCCAUUUAAGGCUUUAUAGGUCAAAUUCAACACUCUGAAUUGGGCCUGGAUGGGCAGAAAGAGGGCAGGAUGUGGGAAGUGAAAGAUUAGAUGAGGAAUAACAGGAAUGCGUAUAAGAAACUUCCUGACCGAGACAGGUUUAAGCAUGUGGACAUUUAAAAUAGCUUUGGGAGAUGUCUGGGCUGUUACCUUUUCAAUAUAUCAGACUGAGGGCGAGCACAGGUUCAGUGAUGGGAGACUGCAUAGGUGGCCUCUGAGACUGGUGCCCUACAUGAGCAAAUGGGUGGGGGAGGUCUGCAGCACUAUGACAUGGCCUUCUGCAGAGCAUUCAUCCUUUCCUUUGCGACAGGAUCUGGCCUGGAUGGUGACUUUCUACAUCCGUUUCUUUUUGACUUACUCAUACCUACUGGAACUGAAGGGUCUCCUUGGUCUCUUCUUUCUACUCAGGUGAGUUUCAUUUGGAUGCAUACCCUCACCAUAACUGAUUAUUUGGGGUUACCAUAUAGUCCCUGCAAGUCAAAGAUCUUUGUUUGCACUGCAGCGCCACAUUCUGGCAUGGUCAAGAAACAGAACUUUUCCAGGAUAUUGAGCCAUGCAUUGAGAAGGGCCCUAUGGUGUGUGCGCACACAGGCAUGCACACUGUGUUUCUGCAUGCACAGAUGCAUCGAACCUUCCCCAGGGUCACAGCAGUCUGGGCUCUACCUGUCCACAUCCCUCUGCCCACCAUAGCAGCAGGUAUUUUGUUCCUGCAAUACUAACUUGAAGUAGCCAUCCCUCCCAGAGGCCACUCUCACAGUCAGUUAGAUUGCACUCACAAGCUUGCACCAGAAGAAUGGACCCCACUGCCAUACACCAGCCAUAAAUGAGGUUUAAGAUUUACUGAUUUGUAUCGACUAAUGUUGAACAUACAUUCUAAAACAACAGCAACAAAACCCCUUUCUUGCUAAGAGAAAACUAUAUAGUUUUACUCUUCACCCUUCCUCUCUCUACUCCCCUAGAAGGUGUGUGUGUGUGUUGUUGUUGUUGUUGUUGUUGUUGUUGUUUUAAAAAACAAACUGUUUCAGUAAAGCAUUGGUGCUUUUCAAUAGGUUCAAUACAGAGGCAAGUCUUCCCUCUGCAGAAGCUCAGUCUUGGCAAAGAACUCUUAAUUAUUGGCUCUGUCUAAAUUUAAAUCCACCCGGUCGGCUGCCCUUAUUGACACAAGACCCCCAUAAAAGUGCGUGGUUUAAAAUUGUGCACCAAAAACUCCUAUCCUGUGGACUCCACCCACAUCAGCUUCUCAUGAUGGGUUUUGUUAAAGCAAAAAGGCUAAUUGGACAGCAUCUGAAGGACUUAGAGCAACAGAACAACCUGGACAUUAUAAAGAAAUUCUGUCCUUGGUAUGCCUUUUUCCCCCCUUCUCAGUUUGAUUCCCUGGCACCAUAUUUGUAUAAAUUAACUAUCCCAAAAUACAGACGUGCCUUCACACUGGCCAGAUUGGAUGUGAUGCCCUCUGCCGCACUUGAGGGCAGAUACCAAAAGGUUCCAACUGAGAAACACUCUGCCCCUGUGGAGAUGGUAAUCUGGAAAGAGUGGCUCAUGUUCUCCUGUCCUGUCCUCUUUAUAAAGAUCUGAGGAAUGAAAUCAUUACCCCACUCUUACUUACCCUCCCAGGCCGCCCAUCUGAGGCCACAUUGUUCUUUCUUUUAUCAGCUCAAAAUGAUCAGACAACAGCAAAGGUUGCUAGGUUUAUUGAGGGUGCAAUGAGAUUAAGGGCCACUAUCUGAAUGAUAAUCUUGGCCAUUUGAUUGCCCUUUUUACCCAUUGCUGUCUUUUUUAUUUGUAUAUAUAUAUUAUUUGUAUAUAUUGCUUGUUUUAUGUUGCUAUGGCCGUUGGCUAAUGCGAAUAAAGUUUACCUUAUCUUAUCAAUAGGUUGUGUGGGUUUAGUUGGAUGGAAACACAAUAAUUUACUUCUGUGCUUUGUGCAGAUUUAUAGAGAGUCACUGGUUUGUCUGGGUGACACAAAUGAACCACAUCCCAAUGAACAUUGAUUAUGACAAGAAUGUGGACUGGCUUUCAACCCAGGUAAUAUGCACAACGAUUCCAGCAGUUAUGAUCAUGAAUAUGAGACUUAUACAGGAGGUGUCUUAUCUUAGGAGCUGAAGUAUAAUUGAGUGACUGGAAGGGUUGGGUGUAACUGUAUGUAAGAACUAAUUGUGGAAUACCAAUAAUGGGUUGGGUUAAAGAGGACAGGCUGAAGGAGUAAAAGAAAAUUAGAAAAGGAAUAACAUGAAUGCUUGCAAGUGUCUUCUUGAUCCAGAACUUUUAUACCUCUUGUGUAAACACAUGGAACUCCGAUCAAUUACUGCUGCUUGAAGGCCCCAUCAGGUUGAGUCCCAUGUCCAGUGAAACCCUAAUCCAUCCUUCCUACCGCUCUCACUGCAUUCAUUUUUUUGAAUUAAUGUGCACAUGGGAUUUUGUCAUGGGUGGGUGGGGUGGCUGCUCACAUGCUCCACAUUUGGGCCCCAGAAGUCAUGCAAUAAUGGUGUUACUCUCUGUUCUGACCCUCUGUGGUUGACAUGGGAACUAGGAAGGUACCGUAUUUUUUGCUCUAUAAGAUGCACCCAACCACAAGACGUACCUAGUUUUAGAGGAGGAGAACAAGAAAAAAAAAGUCUCUCCCUCUCUGCGCAGUGCCCCUUCAGCGAAGUGGCAGGAGAAACGGAGCCCCUUCCAUUUCUCCUCCCGCUUCACUGAAGGGGCGCUGUGCAUCUCUCGCUCUCUGCGCAGCGCCUCUCCAGCAAAGCGGGAGGAGAAAUGGAAGGGGCUCCGUUUCUCCUCCCACUUUGCUGAAGGGGUGUUGCGCAGCUUUCCCUCUCUGCGCAGUGCCUCUUCAGUGCUGAAGAGGUGCUGCGCAGAGAGGGAAAGCUGCGCAGCGCCUCUCCAGCGAAGUGAAGUCAGAACAGCAAGAUGGAUCACUGCGCAGCAAAAGCAGCGAUCCCUCUUGCUGUUCUGGCUUCUGGGAUAGCCGUGCCAAGCCUCUUCAGGGCAGGGGGAGCAUUCCUCCCGUUGCCUGAAGAGGCUUCGCGUGGCUAUCCCUGAAGCCAGGAGAACGGAAAGCCUCCUGAGCGCAGCGGGAGGAGCACUCCCGCUGCGCUCCAAAGGCUUUGCAUGGCUAUCCCUGAAGCCAGGAGAGCGAGAGGGAUAGGUGCGCACCGAUCCCUCUCUCUCUCCUGGCUUCAGGGAUAGCUGUGCAGCCUGCAUUCGCUCCAUAAGACGCACACACAUUCCCCCUUUUUAGGAGGGGAAAAGUGCGUCUUAUAGAGUGAAAAAUACGGUAUAUGAGGUGUUGAAGUUUUUUGCCAGCAUUCACACAGACAUAUAUUGUACAGCCCUGCGGUCAAGUGGGCCCAUGUGGGGCAAGGCAAUCUCAUAGGUAAACUGCUCCCAGUUGUUAGAUCCAUCUAUUUAUUAUUGUUGUUCUUAUUCUAAGGACUAGGAUGGGGAGAUGAGGGUAUGCCACAGUUCACUGGGGUGUCUAGCUAGAACUGAAACAUGAAUAUCCUCAUGUGGUGCCUUUUAUAAUAUAUUUUCUCUCUCUCCAGCUCCAGGCAACAUGCAACGUAGACCAGUCCCUGUUCAAUGACUGGUUCAGUGGGCAUCUCAACUUCCAAAUUGAGCACCAGUGAGUAUAUUCUUCUUUUUUCACCAGUUGAAAGGUGUCUUGAGGAUAUCAGCUAAUAGGAAGCCUAGAAAAAGAAUGGGAUCUAUUUCCCCGAGAGGCUUAUUUCAUGCUGUAGUAGUAAGUGACCUUGUAGGGGGCUGAAGAGGAUGGAGGCCUCAUGAGAAACCUAACUGUUCAAGAGCCUGGAGUCCUUUAUGGUAUACGUGUGAUUCAGUCAUGUGGACAACUGAGUUUGUAGGGGUUUCACGUGCUGCUGCUGAAGCAUCAUGUGGGUAGGCUUUUGGGUAUACAGUGGUACCUCGGGUUACAAACUUAAUUCAUUUUGGAGGUCCGUUCUUAACCUGAAAACGUUGUUAACCUGAGGUACCACUUUAGCUGAUGGGGCCUCCUGCUGCCGCUGCACCGCUGCCGCACGAUUUUGGUUCUUAUCCUGGGGCAAAGUUCUUAACCUGAAGUACUACUUCUGGGUUAGCGGAGUUUGUAACCUGUAGUGUUUGUAACCUGACCUGAGGUACCACUGUAAUGAGGAAGCAGAGCUGGACAAGGGAUAUUACGAAGUUGAAUUCCUGUGUGAAAACAGCCUUGGACCAGGGAGGCACCCAGGACAUGAUAAGCUUAAGCUGGCAAUGCAAGAGGACCCAAUGCUAUGAUUAUAAUUUUAGGAUAAGGCCCUCUGCAACAAUUGUUUACAGAUUAAAUCAUUAAGCUUGUAAGUGAUUAUUUGGCUUGGGCAAGCAUUGCACACACUAAUGAGAUUUUGGGAGGAAGAAGAAGGCUCUCUAGAGCUCUGAGGAAGUCAUGAGAUCUGGCAGCUGCCUCUCUCCCUCUCUCCACAGCCUUUUCCCCACCAUGCCUCGACACAACUUCCACAAGGUGACCCCCUUGGUGAAAUCCCUAUGCGCAAAGCACGGCAUCGAGUACCAGUCCAAGCCUCUGCUCACAGCCUUUGCAGACAUUGUACAGUAAGUGUCGGUGAAUGUGAAAGCACCAGCACCCCUUGCAGUUCCAGGAGGAAGGACAGCUCCCUUCGUGGGGAGAGACAUCAGACCGACAUCUUGUGAAAGGGCACAAAAAGAAAAGGGAAGGGGGGCGGAAUAAUAUGGGACCGCCAGUCUCCAGCCAUGGCUUCCAAUAAUGCAAACAGAUAGCUGGGAGGAGUGCCCUGAGGAAACAAUAUUUGUUAACGUUCAGAGUUUUCAGCACUCUCUUAAUUCUUCUAGAAAUCAUAAUCAGGGCUGCAUACAUUCUGCUUGCCCUCCUCUUAAAAACACAUCAAAACUUGGUGCGAAGGAAUCAGAACAUCUCUGAGCCAAGUUUAUGCAAAGUAGAUGCACACACAUAAGUCAGGGAUGGGAAACGUGUGGCCCAGCAGAAGACUCCCAUCAGCCUCUGCCAGAAAUAGCCAAUAGAAAUAGAUACUGGAAACCACUGGAAUCUAAUGCCGUUGUUAUAAAGCACCUUGAACGCAGGCUGGGGAAGAUUGAAAAUGUCGGCACUGCCCGUGUUUUGGUUCUCCCCCUUCAAAUAUUCCUAUCUGACCAUAAGGCUUAGAAACAACAACACAGAGAUUAGUGCAUGAUUAGAGCAUAACUCCUGUGCAGUAUGCAAGGAGGUCUGUAGAAUAUGCACACCCCAGAAAAAUGGACAGCCUUCAUUGAAUGAGCACAGAGUAGGUGGAAAGCUAAUUGGGAAGGCUGUUGAUAUUAAUGUUAAUUUAUGUACAUAGUGUAAGUUUCUUUGAGUUUACUUUUAAUAAAAAAGCUAAUAGUCAAUUCAAUAAUAAUAAUAGCUAGUGAAAGUAGUUUGCCUGAGCUUUUGCAAGAGCAUGGUGGCAAAGUCGAAACAAGCAUUUGUGGAUUCUGAGCUCUGGGUUAGUUCACACAUACCUACUGCAUCUCUUGACUGCUUGGCUCCUCAAAACUUGCAGACAAAGUGUGCAGACUGAGCCCACUGAAAAGAACUGCUCUGAGAUGACUUGAAAGUUCUGUCCUGUCUCACCUGGAAUGGCUCAUUCGUACAGCAUUUGCUGCAGCAAUCAGGUGAUGAGCCUGCAUGUGUGAACCAGCCCUGUGGCUCUCUCCACAAGAGGGUCCUGCAUCCUUCCAUGUGCUUUUAAUGCCAUUCCCCCACCCCCACUUGCUGCUCUAUUAUGGGUUUUUUUUCUUAUCGUAACAUGUUCACUCAAUGACUAUAGUGCCCUGAGAAUUCCUGGCUCAAUAUCUGGUUUGUUUCUUCAUGUUUCCUGACUUGACCCUUUUUAUCCUCGUUCCAGUUCUCUGAAGGAUUCAGGAGAGCUCUGGCUCGAUGCGUACUUGCAUCAGUAAGAAGCAGCUGACACCUCUCACCCUUGCUGCCUCCUGCCAUUGGCAUCUUGAAGAGCGCAGAGGCCUGGCUUAAUCAACCGUGGGCAGCUGGCUGAGCUGAAUGCUGGCACUGAGUAUGAUGUUUCAAGAAGUCUUGUUCCUUCCUCUUCACUCAUGCACCUCACUCUCCUCCUUUCUGCUCUUGAAGAUACUGCAACCUUUCCAGAUGUGCACGUUCACCAGGACCAGGAAACGAUGCUCAUUUCUUUGCCGCCAUUUCAUUUGCUUUGUAUGUAGAAGGGAAAUCUUACUUAGGGAUCUCUUAAGGCUUCUGUCGCCCAGGGGUCGAGCUUGCCUGGCUCCCUCCUAGAAUAAACAAGGACCGAGGAUGUGGAUGUAGUCUGAUGAACGAGGUGGAGAGGAGAAGGCCUAGGGAAGGAGAAGAAAAUGCAGGAUCUGAGGAGCUGUUGGUAGAAAGAUUAGGACACGAAAGCUUGAAGUUGGGAAAUGAGGCAUAGCCAGGAUUAGAGAAGACAACAGAGGCCAAACUGCUGUGCAGGUGAUUGUGAGAAGAGAGCAGCCAAAUACUGAUACAGGCACACAUUCCAGGGCCAGGCUAGAGAAUGGCCAGCCUAUCUUAACUACAGAAAGCAGUCUGGGCUAGGUUUUCUGAGCUCAGGAGUCCAAGACAUUCCUGGGUGUACACAAAGACAAAAAAGUGCCUUAAUUACAGAUGUGGCACUACUACCACUCCACAGGGCCAUAUUUUGAAAGGGGGAUAAUGAAUGUCUGGUCUGGCUAUUGCUCAAACUUCCAGAGGCAAAUUGGGAGUACGAAGAUGCCCAAGUCUCUCAGCUUAGCUACUGAUAUGCCUUGAGAACAAAUAGUAUAUACCUUCGCACAACUGGAACUGCACUCUUUCUGUAUUGCUCAGUUGCUAAGGGCUGUUUCUAGAUCACAUACCUGAUUACACUAAUUCUGUUCUACAAAUAGGACUAAACCUCUGGGGUGUUUGCUGCUACAACAGAGGGGGUGACAGCAACUAAAGCACAAGUCCAGAGCAGGCAUUCUCAAAGUUGUCAUAGUCUUUCCUUGUCUCUAAAUCAGCCUUUCUCAACCUGUGGGUCCCCAGAUGUUGUUGAACUGCAACUCCCAUCACCCUUAACUAGCAAGGCCAGAGCUCAGGGAUGAUGGGAGUUGUAGUCUAACAACAUCUGGGGACCUACAGGUUGAGAAUCGCUGCAGUUGAGAAUGAGGAGAAGAAGAGUUUGAAUUUUCUCAUGCUUAUUUCACCUGGUGUCUGAUUAGUUGUGCAAUUAGUUUUUAUGGGGUUGAAAGUCACCAUGAGGUGUCUGUAAUUCCUUCAUGGCUUUUUAUUCACACAGAUGUCUUCCCUUAUGGGGAAACUGGGAUGCAUAGCCUUGGGACAUUUUGGCUACUGAAAACAAAUGGCACUUCAUGGUGACAUUGGUCCCCCCCAGACAAUUUGAGUGUUAUCAACUUUCUCUAACAGCUAAGAGAUGCAUCUGCUGGAUCAUUCUGUUCUUCCUGUUCCAAAGGCAGAUAGUAGGAAGGUUCAGACCCAAGUUGCUGCCUUGGGCUUCUCCAGGAGGAAGGGCGGGAUAUAAAUAGAAUAAAUAAAAAUAAUAAGAAAUAAUACAGUGAGACUUUGAUUCUCCGAAGGAGAGACCAUAUGAAAAUGUAUCUCCCCACAAAAUGGGUUUUGUCGUGCAGUUCAAUGAUUGGGUUUACACAGUGCCAUUUUUCUAGAAAAAGAGGUGCCAGAACUCACCAUGACCGCCUCCCUUGUUCUCUUAUAAUGGCAAUGGCAGCCAUCUUAGAGGUGCCAGAACUGAGUUCCAGUGAGUUCUGGCUGGAAAAAAAAGCCCUGGGUUUAUAUGCAUAGCAGUGAUUAGGAGAGAGGGACCUAAGCUGAGAAGUAGACCAGAAAUCCAUUCAUAAUGAAAAUCUGUUAGAAUGGAGUUGCCAAACCUCCCAGCGACUGGGUAUUAGUUUUCCAUAUGAAUGCCUGGUGCUUUGAGACAAGACCCAUAGCUCUAGAGAGGAGUUGUCACCCACUGAUAAACUUUAAAGCGUUAACAUUCCAGCCCAGAGGGAAGGGUGAUGCAGCCUUCAAAACAAGCCAGUAUAUCACCUCUGAUUCUUUCUUGUAUAAUGUGCCUCUUAGGAAUGCUUUUGGAGAAAAAGCAUGCUACCUUGGAUUGCCACCAUAGCCUUAUGUUGCCAUUUGAUAGAAUCUGUAGAACACGAAAAAACACAUCUGCCAAAUUAGACAUGUGGAGUUCCUCCUGUUCCUUUUAAAAUGAAGCCCUAACAUUGAAGCAUCUUUCUUUUCUCAACCUCUAGUCUUUCCUUCCGUGAGUUGAUGCCAACCUUUCUUCUUCCAAUCUUCACUAUCUGCUAAUUUUAUAUAAGCAGCAUGUGAUGGUUUCCUUCCUUCCUUCCUUCCUUCCUUCCUUCCUUCCUUCCUUCCUUCCUUCCUUCUUUCCUUCCUUCCUUCCUUCCUUCCGGUAAACCUUUCCUGAUUGCACAUGUUGCCAUCUGCCAAAAACAGCCAUUGACACCAAACUAGAUGUGGUGGUGGAGAACCAGGACUGGAUCAUCAGUUUCUUUAAAUUUUGACAAAUAGGAGCUGCAGGUGUUUGUGUCCAAAAUCUAAAUGGGGGUCCACCCUUCACUCCAGUUGCUAUUUGCCAUUAGAGAAAAGGUAAAUGUGCACAGGCUGCACUCAUAAAGGGGCAAUAAAAGCAACUUGAAUGGCUUAAUUCAGUGGGAAAAUAGCACAAGUAUUAACUUUUCAGGUAGUUGGCUGCUAUUUGUCAGUUUUUAAGAGGCAUAUCUUCUGCCUUGUCUAGUUUGGCCCUGCUUAUUAUAGAAGUGCCCUUUGCAGGGUUGUGGCAUAGGAUAAAAAACACCACUACCCCUGUGCUUAUUAUUAAGAGAGGAUGGAAAAGCUGGAGGCAGAGGAGUGUUUGUCUCCCCCAUGGAUGAAAACUCUGGACAUACAGUAUUCUUUUGCGUGUGAAUUUUUUGAUGGGGAUAACCAUACUGUAAAAAAACAAAGAAACCAUAAUGUGAGUGUUGAAUAAAUAAGAGUAGGUGAAGCAAACUGUGUGUACAUCUUUUUAUCUUUUCCACUGUUCUGUUCAUUUUCCUUCUUCUCUUGCUUCAUACCAUACACCCUGCUCCCCAACAAACACAUGCGUUCACUGAGUGUGUGAGGAGGUAGGGCAAUUGUGUCUCCUGGCCAUGAUCCUUUGGCAGACAUACAUGCAUCACUAGCAAGAAAGGGCUCCUUUCUGUGGAUGGUUUUGCCACCAGUCCUUCUGACCUGAGCAGGCUCUCUGAGAAGUCUGGAAAGCAGUAUUUUCUGAUGUUCACAUUUGGAAUCGCAUGAUACCAUGGGCAGAACUAGAAUUCAACAUAUCACUAAGUGAGGUAUGCACACGGGGAACAAGGUCUGGUGAUGCAAUGGGACUUUCCCCCUUCUACCCCUGUGCACUCCUUGAAACUGUUCUGUGGUCCCCCCCCCCACUGCCUAGAGCAGAUUUAGGGGACGUGGGGGCACACAUGGGGGGAAGAGAGAGAGGAAAGCCCUAUUGUAUGAGCAGACCUUACUGCACGCAUGCAGCAACUUAGUUGAAUCCCAUCCCACUCAAGUUUCAUGUGGGUUUGAAGCUUGUUUGUUUGUUGAGCUGUCCACACAACACCCUCCUCAUCUUAGUGGCAGCCUGCAGUUUCCCUCCGCUAAAUUUUGAUUUUUCCAAUUGUAGGAUAAUCUGAUAAAGGAAUAAAAUCUAAUAUAAAAUUGCAUGUCACCUGACUGGACACACUAAAGUGCAUUGCAUGGGUGUGUUUUCCUAAUAAAUACGUGUC